CUCGGUAGGGGUGUGAACGCUCACUCGUACACUCAGGCACAUACUCAGUGCUUGUUUCUCACCAAAGACGGUUGAGUCAAAUAACAGGCAGCACAGAAGACGGCUGAAGACUGAAACAUCUUUGGAGAAGAAGUCAAAAAGCGCAGCCAUGGGAAAAGGAUGCAUCACAGUGACCAAGUACUUUCUGUUCCUCUUCAACCUCCUUUUCUUUAUCUUCGGAGCAUUGAUCAUGGGCUUCGGUUUGUGGGUCCUCUUUGAUAACCAGAGCUUCAUUGCUGUUCUGCAGGAAUCAUCACACACGGUACAAGUGGCCUCCUACAUCCUCAUCGGAGUGGGCUCCCUAUCCAUGGCCAUGGGCUUCUUCGGCUGCAUAGGAGCAAUCUACGAAAUCCGCUGUCUUCUGGGUCUGUAUUUCACCUGCCUCCUGCUCAUCCUCAUCGCUCAGGUCACAGCUGGAGUUCUUAUUUACUUCCAAAGGGAUCGGUUGAAAUAUGAGAUGUCCAACAUCAUAAAGGGCAUGAUCAUCAACUAUACAGGCGAGAACAGGACCACAGAGCACACCUGGGACUACAUUCAGAGAACGAUGAAGUGCUGUGGAUGGACUGGUCCAGGAAACUGGUCGGAGAACAAUCUGAUCAAGAACAGCUCCAAGAACCUCUAUUCAUGUUCCUGUCGUAAUGAGUCUCUGCCUGGCGUGACAAUCCAGCCAGUGGGCCUGUGUGAGCACAUGUCUUCAGACCUGCCCAUCCAUGAAACGGGCUGUAUAACCAGCGUGGAGAAAUGGCUCCUGGACAACUGUGGAGUCAUUUUGGGAAUCUGUGUCGGUGUGGCAGUUGUUGAGCUCCUCGGGAUGAUCCUCUCCAUGUGUCUGUGCAAGAGUGUUGUCCAGGAGGAUUACACCAAAGUACCCAAGUACUGAAGACGGAUCAACUUCACACCAACACACAGAUGGACCAGCUCUCUUUCUCUCUUUCUCUCUCUCUCUCUCCUUGUCUCACAUUCACACAAAUUAAGACAGCUGUCUCCACCAUUUGAGCUCCUCUGGCCUUGACAGCUGUGCAAAUUUCUUACGGCCCAUAUGUCACAAAAACACACUCGCAUCCACAGAGAACUCUUAAUCAAGCUUGACACACUUGUUGGACUGAAGUCCCACAAGUAACCGUUGUUGUCUUAUCCUAUCGUGUUUUUAAAAAGACAUUUCUAAUUGUUUUGCUAAUUUUAUUGGUGGAAGCCUGAGAGUUUGAGGUUUUAUAUAUGCAAAUGUACUUUUAUGUGUUGUUUUGUUUAUGGAUGACCUCACGAAGUAGAGAGAGCACUUUAGUGACAUUUGUUGAGCUGGAGCAUCUUCGAACUCUGAGGUGUGGAGAGUGAGAUGGGAGGGUGUGGGUGGUAGACUCUCUCAAGGGUUAAUGCCACUUUGUGAUCGUGCAGCUGGUAUUUUUGGUGCUGUGGGUGGAGGCAAGGCCUUGGGCUGAGCUGCGGUGGAGGUUUUUGGCGUCUUUCAUUAACUCCUUGUAGCUAGUAGCCCUGAUAUUAACCUCCGUUUACACCCACCACCUCCUCCCUCCUGCUGAUCGUCUCUAAAUCACGCCUCUGUCCUCCUCCUCGGGUGUGUCUGACUGGUACCCAGUAGCUUCCCAAAAUGACUAGUUUUGCAUGAAGUAAGCGUGUGUGUGAUGUGUUGAGUGAGUAUUUUUGUUCUUUUUGUAUAUCCUCAUGUCAUCUCUGUUUUGUUUUUUUUACAACUGUACAUAUGACCAUGGGAAGGGAUUGCGGCACCUUAGUGCUUGAUCAGCGUUUUGUCGGGGAAAGCUGUCACCCACAUGCUCUGGUUUUUAGAGCCCUAUUGUUCUUGGUUCCCAGUCUGUUGUUUUUGAUAUACAGCUGCUGAUGCAAAUCGUCAGCGACAUUUUGGUCUUAAUCAGAAAAAUCACUAAUCUGUCAUCAUUUUUGGAGCCAUAUGCAGAAGCAUGAAUCUUAGCAAGAGUGUGUCUUAUUUUGACUUAAAAAUAUCAGGUUACACUUUUCUUAAAACUUUUUUUUAACUUGACAAAUCUGGUUAAACAUCUUUUAUCAGGGCAAUUAAAAGAAAAAUAGAAGUCUUUCAUUGCUUCAGUAAUUACAGAUAUCUGCCAAUGCUGCAAACUAAAUUUACUCGCUGAGCAUCUUUGAGAUGUACUCAUUUAGAUGUAGAGGUCACAUUUCAAGACACUCAGAUAAAAUUGAUUGCUCUAUUGGCAGAUAUUUUUACUUAUUAAAUGCAAUACAGGUCUUAUUCCUUUGCUUUUUAUACCUUGAAGCCCAAUUGAUCUCUGCUUUUUUGGAUAAUAUGGCUUAUAUAGUAUGGAAGAGAUUAUUUUGACUUGAAUAAGUUCAAAACACUCGCUAAGGCAUGAUCUUUUUCCAUCUCUUUUACUCUCAUAGCUGUAGCAUAAAACUGCAGCUGUCUGACCACACUAUUUCCCCUUCUCUGCAUGAUUAAUUUCCCUUUAGUCAAUUUGUCUUUCUCCGGCAACAGUAGCUGAAAAAAGUCAACCCAGCUGUGAUUGCAUAUUUUAGAGGCUGCAUGUCCCGACAACGACUCAUGAAAUCACGCUCAAAAUGUUUUUGACAAAAAUGUCUGAGUGUCCUCACCCCCUCAUCGUCUCAGUCCUCCCACUACAUUUCAAACAUGCUAUUAUGCCUGAAUUUAUAGUUAAUUCAGUGGAUGGAUGUGCACUUUUUAUGUGGUUGGUAGUUUUUCCACGCCAUCUCACACCAGUCAUUUCAAAUCAUUGUCAUCGUGCUGCGAUUACACACCCGCGCUGAAACUGUCCAUUAAAGAAGAAGCAGUCGUAUCUGUUAUGAUUACGCUCAGCCUCUUUUUCAUGACCUUAAAUUGAAACUUAUAUUUAAUUUAAUAAGAGAUGAAGGCUUUUUAUUGUGUGUUUAAAUAUUUGUACACUUUGAAAAAAAGGAUGACUUUGUUAAGUAGAAAAAAGUAUUUGUGGACCUGUAAGCCAUGUUUAAACACGUUUUUUACUGAAAAUUAUUAAUAAAUCUCAACCCACUAAUCUGUUGUAUGCUCGUUUCAUGUUUCUUUU